AGUUCAGUUUGUUUCUACACAUAUGGGUUAGCACAAUUGCACAGGAAGUCUUUGGUCACAGUUGCAGAAAUCGGAAACGGUUUCAACAGAAUAAUUAAACCUGGCAUGCAAUACUAGCCAGCACUUGACAUCAUACAGUGUAUUCGGAGGCGUUAAAGGAUUUCCUGAACAUUUCAUCAAGGUAAAAGUCACAAGUGGACUCUGGAGGAGUGACUUUGAAGAACCAUGUCUGAAAAGAAAUCAAGAAAAGUGAAAAUGGGGUCAUCACGAAGACGCCCUCGGAAUCAAGAUGAAAAUGAGACUAAGAAAGAAGAUGAUGGGUCCGAAAUGUUGUCAGAGCAAAGGAAAGGAGUUGGGGCUGAUUCAGUUUCAUUAACCAUACAAACAGACCUUUUCUCAUCGGAUUACUUCUCUUCAAUAACACCACAAUUCAUGGAAGAUGUUAAUCCAUCACUAAAUAACCUCACAGAGUCACAGCUGUCUCAACCUGGAAACCCAUAUCUGCUAGAAUCACCUGACACCGCAGGAAAGAGAAAGAAAAUGGGGUCUACUCGUAGGAAUAAAGGUAAACAAGAAGAGACAGACUUUGGGGAGAAACAACAUGCUGAAACUGGAGACACACAAACCUCCCUAGAACUUCAGGCAUCCAUUGCAGUUGUGGAAUUUGAGUCCCACAACAACACAGAAGAGCUCCAGGGACCAAAAGAAAUUGAAAUGGACACUAAGAGCAGAAGUCAAAGUGAGUUUAUUUUGAUUGCUUCUAACACACUCGACCAAUCAGAUGACAGAUGUAAAGCGGAAGCUGGUGAGGAUACUGAACCAAGUAGUGAAGCUGUGGCUAGUUAUAGCAGUGAAUUGCUUCAAGAUACUGCUGGAACCGAAUCACACUCCCAUCUGUCUCUUCAAAUUGCAUUGCAAGCUGUUCAAGGAUUCACUACUGAACCCAUAGCAGAGGAGUGGAAGAAACCGGAAGAGAGGAGGCAGAAAAGUGAGCAUGCUGAGGCGGAGUCCUCAACAUUUCACAGCUCUAGGCAUUCAUCAGAUCAAUUCCUUGAGUCAGAUGCUUCAACCAUCACAGAAGAGUUUGAGUCAUUCAAUAACACAAUAAUCCUCCAAAGUGGAGAAGGUGAAGAGAAACCUGCUCUAAAUGAGUCCGAAGUCCAAGAUGAUAUUAACUUUAUUAGACCAACAUUGGAAAAGUCUCUGUUAUUGGAACCGGAGCAUAGAGCUGAUGAGAAGAAAGGAGAGGAUGAUGUUCUGAUUGAACCCACCCCUUUUGACCAUGUCAUCUAUUCAUUUGGUAUUGAAGAUCAAUUGUAUAACAAAGAGAAAGGCAACAGAGCCUCUGUAUUUAUAGAAACUGGCAAUAUAGAAACUGAGAGCAACAGUGAAGGGAGCAUGGCCCACAUAGUUGACCCAUUGGAGGUCUUCAUUGUUGGACUGGAACAAUCAGGAGACACUUUACUAGGCGAGGAGGAAGUUAGUGAUUAUACGUUGCUUGUGAAUGAUUCUGAAGUGAGUGACCGCAGCCAAAUAAUAUAUGAUCGUGCUCUUACAAUAGAGUCAGAUGACACUUUGAGCACUGAUUCCAAUAUCUCUCCUAGUCAACUCAUCCAUACUCCAUGUGCGGAAAUCACUAACCCCUUUCUCAACCCAAUAUUACUGCAGCGUAUUCAAGGGAAUGCAAACACUGACUCCAAUACCACAGGUGGACUGGACACAUCAGUCAUUUUACUCAGCGAGGAGGAAGUUAGUGAUCACGUGCUGCUUGUAAAUCAAGUAAGUGUUAGUAGCCAAAUGACAUAUGAUGACGGAACUCUCACAACAGAGCCCUGCCAAACAGAUGAGGCUUUGCACACUGAUCACAAUAUCUCUGCUAGUCAACUCAACCAAACUUCAUACUUGGAUGAAAGCACUAACUCCUUUCUCAAACCACCCUUACUGCAGAGUGUUCAGGACCAAGGUGAUAAUGCAGCAAACACAGACUCCAAUCAGAGUCCUUUUCCAGGCAGGAGGAGAAAGAUGGGGUCGACUCGUAGGCAUCCUGUUCAAAGAGAAGAGGGCACGAAGGAGAAACCAGAAGAAGAAAUAAAAAAGACAGAGGCGAUAGAAGGCAAGGGGGAGGAGUUUGAAAUGUUGAUGGAAUCAAAGGAUAGAGCUGGUAAAGAUGAGAAUGUCCUGACUGACCUCAGCUGUUCAUCCAGUACUUUAAAUCAAGAAGGAAGAAUAGAUGGUGACGAAAUAGAAAGUAAGAGCCAAUCAAUUAUAAAUUAUGAAUCCAUGGCAACUAAACUCAUUCUUCUAAGUGAAUCAGAGUUGGCUAAUAUUAGCCAGACUCUUCACAACCCUUACCCUGAUUUUCCUACUAUAGAGUCCUACCUGACCGAUGACACACUGAACUCAAAUCCUGCCAUCUCUGGUUUGCAACACGAAGAAACGUCAUUGGCGGUAACACUCUGUGAAUCAAGAGAAAACACUGACUCCCCUCCAGAUCCCUCCUCACUGCAGAGUUCUCUUGGUCUGAAAGAAACGGCAGACGUAGAACCUAUCACCCCACGGAGGAAAAGGAAGAUGGGAUCCACUCGCAGGACUCCUCGAGGUAGUCAAGGAGUGGAGAGAACAGAGGAGAGACAGGAGGAGGAGAAAGAAAAAUACACAGAGGUUAUAGGAGAUGUGGGAGCGGUCAUGAGAGCAGUAGAAAUGGAGUCUAGCAUAGAAAAGACUGAGCUUGAGGAACUUAUAGAAACUGUGACAGUGGAGCAGGCAACAGGAGACCCAGAGACCAUAGUAGUAGAAGAAGAAUCUGCCUUGGAAAAGUCUGAGCUUGUAGAACCUAACAACGUUAGAGAUGCAGAGGAGGUAGUAGUGAAAAUAGUCGCUGAGAGCGAAAGCAGCCAAACUCCCUAUGGCACAGCAGCCCAAGAGUCAGGUGAUAUGGUUUGUAUAGAUCCUCAUAGACUCACCAAAACAGCACACAUGGAACAACGUCUGUCAACACCAAGCCCCAGUCUUCCUUCGAAAUCAUCUCUGUCUCUGAGUUCCCAAUCUCACAAGGAUGUUGGUCAAUCCAAAGCUACAGGGAAGAGAAGAAAGAUGGGCUCUACCCGUCGGACACGAGGAGGACUCCACUCAGAGGAAGAAAAGCAGGGGACAGGGGAAGAGGUAAGAGGGGAAGCCAUUGGAGAUCUGGAAGUCAGUGCUAUUUCGGAAAGAUUUCAAGAGGAGCGCAUGGCUGAAGCAGUCAGUCUGGAGGACCAACAGGAGAGGCAGAGCACAGAGAAGGAGACAAUAUUCAUAGAGGUUGUUCCCUCAAGCACUGCUUUGAGGGGAGGAGGGUCUGAACAAGUGGCUCCAGCUCCACAGCCAGGCCCUGGGAAUAAAAGAGGUCAAGAAAAGGCAGAGCGUGUGGAGAAGAGCCCGGUCACCAGAGAGAAGGAACCGCCAUCUGGUACCUUAGGAAGCAGUGGCUCUAGAUCAAACCCCUACAAUGUGGUGAUGGUUGGAAACAGCAGUGUGGGCAAAACCUCCUUCAUGAAGCGCUUCCAAAGUGGCGAGUUCUGUAACGACCACUAUGCUACCAUUGGUAUUGAUACCUGUAUACAGCCUGUGACAGUGGAUGGCAGCCCAGUGACUUUACAGUUAUGGGAUACUGCAGGUCAAGAAAGGUAUCACAGUAUCACCAGGCAGGUGUUCCACAGAGCCCAGGGUCUAGUGCUGAUGUAUGACAUCACUUCCUCUCAGAGCUUCUGUGACGUCCGCUACUGGGUCAACUGCAUUCAGGAGGGGGCCCCAGAUGAUGUCAUCAUUAUACUCCUUGGGAACAAGGCUGAUUGUGCUAAUCUAGAACGAGAGGUUCAGACUCAUGAAGGUGAAAACCUGGCAAAGGGGUAUGGCAUGCUCUUUAUGGAGUGUAGUGCUGCAACAGGUGACAAUGUGACUCUGUCUAUGGAAACGCUGGCAAGGAUGCUAAAGCAGUUGGGAGAGGAGACACGACAAGAAGAGGGAAGCUUGGUGUUGCAGAAAGAACCCCCAAAGAAGAAAUUGGGCUGCUGCUGAUCAAGGUGGAGAAGAUUGGUACAUCUCACAAUCUGCAGCACACACGUAUGCACAUGUACACACACACACAUUUGUGCCUCAUACUCCCUUAUGAUUGUAUUUUAUUUCUAAAUGUUUUAUGUCAUAUCAGAUUAAUUAAAGAAAAUGUUUUGUUAAUGCAUGCCAAAUCAUGUAGUAAUAGUAAUGUGACACUUGAAAUGAUCCUCCCUUUGGUACUUCCUUUAAUUACUGUUUAUGGGGGGGGGGGAUAUAAAAUCAUUGAGGUAUAUGUUCAUACAAACACAAUUCAUUUAUAGUAGAUAGUUUAAUAUUAUAAUUGUAGGGUUUCUAUUUGCAUAAAAAAUAUCCAGCUAUGCAGCUUAUAAAUGCCUAAUAAAUUCAUAAUACAUUCAA